AUGUGGGCAUGUUUCUUCCUCAUGGGUAUCGUGAUUCUCUCAUCAGUGCAAUCACUGUCUACUGACAUUAAAAGUAACUGCUCAAUGAGAUAUGUUCAGAUGAGAAUCAAGUUCCAAAACUGUCUUCCCGUGCGAGUUCUUGCACAAGCUUGUCACGGUUCAUGUGUGUCAUACACGGCCACGUCGUCAAUAGAUCCGAAGAAACUUGAAACAAAAUGUGAAUGUUGUCAGUAUGUUGGAAGGAAGCGGAAGCGGUUUGGGAUCAAAUGUCCACACAAACAGUAUAAAAAUGUCUACAAGAUAAGAGUGGCAUCAAUAGCAGUCCCAAAGAGGUGUAUGUGUAGGCCAUGUUCUGCAGCUCCAAAUCGGCUUCUCUCUGCUGAAAGGGCAAUAUUUAUGCAAAACCCUAUGCUUGAUCUCCUGAGGAUACGUACAUUGUUUCAUUAG